AACAAGAUGUAUAUUGUAUGAAAUGUUCUGGUUUUUGGGGAGGAUCUCACUCACUGGAGAGUAGGCUACUGGGAGACAGUUUGUUUAUAGGCUAUAUUGUUGGCACUGUUAAAUUGUUCAUUUUUUCACUGCAGCACGAUGAUAAAGAGGUCUUCCUAAGUUUCUAGUGGCGAUGGGCCAAAAAAUACAAAUAAGUGAAAUGGCAGCUGAGCCAGGUAGAAAAGUUUAAGUGGAAACGUUUUACAAUGGUUCUCCUUCCAGGAUUCUUUAUCCCACUGCGCCUGCGUUGUGGCAUUGUCGUUACUUUUGGGAUUGGGAUAACCAGCGACUGCCCUACCGAGUUUUAGAGUAGCUAGAAACGAAACGGGAAGAAUAUCCUCAUUAGCCACUGCACUUGUUCAACAUAGAGAACUUUCAUUUUGCAUGUUUGGGUUGCAUAACUGUUGAAGAAGUCUAGGAGCAUUCGCAGUAUACAACCGUUCGCGAAAUUGGCGGCACCUUCCCAUAUAAAUGUUGUAGGAACUAUUAUUUUUAUAGGCAAAUUAUUUUUGAAACAAUUCUGUUUACGCAUUCACGACAAACCGAGAUGCCCCUUGGACUAAGGAAAAAGAAGAAGAAGUUGAGGGAGAGCUCGAAUUUGGUAGAGGACGAGGACGGUGGGCUCGCUGCUGGCAGCUCAGCGACGUCCGCUGUACGUAGGACCGGGCUGCCAGCCCCGCCAGCCAAUUUACGGCCAAAACUGGUUUUUCACGCGCAGCUCGCCCACGGUAGCCCCACUGGCAGGAUCGAAGGCUUCUCAGAUGUGGAGGAGCUUUACGCCAAAAUAGCAGCUGCUUUCAACGUAAACCCAUCAGAGAUCCUCUUCUGCACUCUGAACACUCACAACGUAGACAUGGAGAGACUUCUUGGAGGACAGAUAGGCCUAGAGGACUUCAUCUUUGCGCAUGUGAAAGGAUUAAAGAAGGAGGUGGAGGUGUUCAAGUCUGAGGAUGCACUGGGUCUCACCAUUACUGACAAUGGAGCUGGAUAUGCAUUCAUAAAGCGCAUUAAGGAGGGCAGCCUGGCGGACCGCAUAAAGGUCAUCUGCGUCGGCGACCACGUAGAGUGCAUCAACCAGAAGAACGUCGUGGGCGUCAGGCACUACGAGGUGGCCCGUAUGCUGAAGGAGCUACCCCAAAACCAGCGUCUCACACUCAAGCUAGUGGAGCCUAUGAAGGCUUUCGAAGUACUUGAGCCAAGGUCAAAGGGCACAAAGCCUGGUGAGGAGAACAAGAUUGGCGCUGGCAGAGGGACUCUGAGACUGCCGGUAAUAGACCAUGCAACUGAGGAGGAAAUCCCAACAGAAUUUGAAGAAAAGGCUGCCAAAAAAGUGGAUAACCUCCUUGAGAACUACAUGGGUAUAAGAGAUUUUGAACUAGCUACCAAUAUGGUGGAGGUGGGAAAGGACAAGAGGAGCCCAGAUGAGUUUGCCAUGGCAUUGGACGAAGCCCUAGGGGACCUUGCUUUCCCAGAUGAGUUUGUCUUUGAUGUGUGGGGAGCCAUUCAAGAUGCCAAAGGGGGACCCUUCUAACCCAGAUGUCCAUUGCGAAGAGAGAGAAAAAAAAACAAUUUAUUAUUGCUGAUUGCACCUUUUUAAAUAGCGUCAGUGCUGAACUUUCACUUCAGUAAUCUUAUUGCACGAAAGUAUAUGUAACUUACACAUUUUUAUACUGAAUGUGAAUGUGCUUGCUCCUCUGAGCUGUACAGUCUCCCUCCAGUUGAAAAUCAGGAGAUUGUCAAUCAAGGAGAAAUAUUUUGAGAGGGAAGUAUUUUUAUUUUUGCAAACUGCUUCAGUUGCUGUUUUCUCUGAAUGUUUCUGAUUGACUGGUCUCUCUCCUUCACUAUCUGGAGCCCAUACACAUACAAUAUGGGAACAUAUUAUAGGGAAAUUGUUCAUAAUGGAAAAUAGGGUGUUCCUGGUAUAUGUGUAACUGAAACACUGGGUCUUUAGUCAAUGGUUUUGUGUGACCCAAUAUAGUCAGUUCCAGGUGUCAUACACUUAAUUCAACUGACAUUCUUUUUUAAGAUAAUUCCUGUACACAUGCUGGAAUUUCCAUGAUAUAAUCCUUAUAUUUUCACCCUCUAAUUUAUUUAUCUGUAAUUGCUAUUGAUGUAUUAAAGAGAGAAUAUUUUAUAAUAUAUUUAGCUGUAUAAUAAAUUAAGGAAGUCAAAAUAA